AUGUUUAUAUGAUCUGGCUGGAAAUGCUUAUUUUCAAGAACAAAAUACAAAACCAAAUCUUCAGAAAUAUAUUUCUAAGACUAUAAGAGAAGAAGUUGGCCCUAUUAAAGAUAUAUUUGAUUAUUACUAUAAGGAAGAAAGUAGUAAAAACAAUAGUUAUAAAAUAGGUAAUCUUGAAGAAGAACAAUAUAAACAGAUUAAAAAUUUUUUAAAACAACAUUCGAGUUCAUUUGCUUGA